GCUCUGACGUAAUGGCCGCGGUUCUGACGUCACGGGGCGGGUCAAUAUGGCGGCGGCGGCGGGAGCUCGGCUCUGGGGCUGCGCGAAGCUGACAAGAAAUAUUCCAGCAUUCUUGGCUCCUUGGAGGUUUUCCCAGUGUGCCUUUAGAUCCUCCAAAUCGGAACUCAAGCCGAAUCUUUCCAGUGAUGGAGUUGUCUGUGCUCCACUUCACACAUUCACUGAAGAGGAGACAAUGCUGAAGAACAUGGUGACAAAAUUUGCUCAGGAGCGAGUGGCACCUUUCGUGCAAAAAAUGGAUGAGAACUCGAAAAUGGAGGACUCCAUAAUACAGGGAUUGUUUGAACAAGGGCUGAUGAGUAUUGAGCUUGGGGAGGAAUAUGGAGGAACUGGAGCUUCAUUUUUUUCAACCAUAUUGGCAGUAGAAGAAUUGGCCAAAGUUGAUCCAGCUGUGUCUCUUUUGUGUGAACUCCAAAACACACUAACAAAUAAAUUGUUUACCACAUAUGGAACAGAAGAACAAAAGAGAACUUACCUGCCCAGAGUGGCUAAAGACACAAUAGGCAGUUUCUGUCUUUCAGAGGCUGGGUCUGGCAGUGAUGCCUUUUCUCUGAAGACUCGGGCUGAGAAGAAAGGAGACUACUAUGUUAUCAAUGGCUCCAAGAUGUGGAUUAGCUUAGCAGAAGAUGCAGGAGUUUUCUUUGUGAUGGCAAAUGCAGAUCCAUCCUCAGGAUACAAGGGAAUUACGUGCUUCGUAGUAGAUCGUGACACAGAGGGACUUCACGUGGGGAAGAAGGAGGACAAGCUGGGAAUCAGAGCAUCUUCUACCUGCCCAGUGACUUUUGACAACGUGAAGGUUCCUGAGACCAAUAUCCUGGGACAGGUUGGACAAGGCUAUAAGUAUGCCAUUGGACUGCUCAAUACUGGCAGGAUAGGGAUUGCUGCACAGAUGUUAGGACUGGCACAGGGGUGUUUUGACCAUACAGUUCCAUAUACAAAAGAGAGAGUCCAGUUUGGGAAAAGCAUCUUCGAUUUCCAGGGGAUGCAGCACCAGAUCGCCCAGGUGGCCACGCAGCUGGAGGCGGCGCGGCUGCUCACCUACAACGCGGCGCGGCUCGCCGAGACCGGCCGGCCCGUCGUCAAGGAGGCCAGCAUGGCCAAGUACUACGCUGCUGAGGUUGCAACACUGACAACUAGUAAAUGUAUCGAAUGGAUGGGAGGUGUUGGAUUCACAAAAAAUUACCCAAUAGAAAAGUAUUACCGUGACUGCAAGAUAGGUACAAUAUAUGAAGGAACCUCAAAUAUCCAGUUGAGCACCAUUGCAAAAAUCUUAGCACAGGAGUACUGAAACCAUAAGGACUACCUUGACUGUUAAAGGAAAUUAUUUCCCUGAACACUCAUUGUGAAUUACCCACUUAUUUGUAAACACAAAAAGCAUUAAUGACAUCAUAAAUAAGAAUACAUCACCACAGAUGAAAUCAUAGGGAAAACCAUGAAUUCCCCAUUUCAGGACAGUGAGUAAUUCACGUGAAAUCCUGAAUUCCACAUUCAGAUCCAAAGUGUGGGUUGUAAGUAUUUCUUUCUGCCUGAGAGACUUCCAAGAUAAUUCCUUGGAUUUAGUUACCUUAGGUUAUGGAAGCACUGCAUCUCCACUUGGGGAUUUCAAAGUGAAAACAAAGGAAGCCAAAUCCUUGGCAUAACUGGUGGGAGAGGUUCUGUUAAGCCAACUGGGAGGAAGGGCUCUACAGGAGAGAGAGGAGCAGUGGUUUCCUCUCUCCCAGCUGUGGAGCUGCUGUAAUUGAAGUAAUUUUUACAGCAGCCCUUAGUGUGUUCUUAAGGAUAUCUUUGUAAUUAAGCCCUUCCAGCCCCAAUUUGUACUCCUGAAAGGUGGAUAAUAUCCACCUCCCUUCCCAGUCUUCUCAGCUGUUAAGGGUUUUAAUCUAAGAGGCUAUUUAUAGUUCUCCUUUCAUAAAAGGUUGAGUUGAAAUCUUUCUGAAAUGGGGUUAAAAAAGCUCUAGUAGUUCUGCAAAAAGACAGAGAUAUAAGCUGGGUAAUAGGAGUGCUGUGAUACUACCUCACAGUGGCCUUUCCAUGUUCAAUGUAUUUUACAAGCAUUAAUCCUCAGAUCCUUCCUGGGAGUUAGGGAGGCACUGUUAAUUUGCAGCCUGGAAAACUUGCUCCUAAAGUUAGUGGCUCUCCAGCAUAAUUUUUCCCCUUUUGAAAGACAAAAGGGGCAGGGGGAUGGGAAGUAUUUGGGUUUUUUAUCCCUCUCUGUUUACUUUAAAAUGAGACAUUUUAUUUACUGCAGAAACCUCUUCAGUGCUGGAGAGCUAAUUAACUAAUAAUCAAGAGACAGGAAGCUUAAUAUAUGAAAAAUCAUCCUAAUUGCUGUAAUUGGCAAUCUGUUUCAAGUGUUUUGGGGAGGGAAGGGUUGGUUUUCUGGUUUUGGCUGACUUAAAAGAAUCUCAUUUUUAAAGCUGCUGCUCACUGAUGAUUCACUUUGAGUGGAGCUUAGAAUGUUACAGGCUGAGACUCCCAAAGGAUUUUUCUGGCAAAACUGGGGCAAAUGACACUUAACAAGUAGGAUUUGUAAAACAGGCAGAUUGCAGUGCCUUACACAAAGAAACCAGCAAGGAUGAAAAGCACCAUUAAAAAGUUUUCUGACUUUCUGUCAGCUUCAAAGGGAACCAGCUACUUUAGUGAAUUAAUCCCCUCAUAUGCACACUUUGCCUGUCGAUAGGCAAGGAAUUACUGUGGUCAUUGUCCUUAUGCCAAUAAAAAAACCCCUCUCAAAGCAGUUUGAUCAACAGCUUUGAGAUUUUCAAAAAUACAAGAGUAGGAGGGUAGACUAGAAGGUUUCUGAAGUUUUCUUCUAGCAUCAUUAUUAUUAUUACUAUUGUUAUUUUAUUUGUUAUCAUUAUGAUAAUGAUUGAUGCAUUUCGGGUGGUUUGCAGGCUUUCUUUCAUAGCCCAGGAAACAACCUGAACAUCCUCAUCAGCUACUCAACAGUUCAUUUCAGAAAAGCAAGGUCAAGCCUUUAACUAAUGUGUUACAGCUGUAAAUAUUUCACAUCUCUCGGUCAUGUAUGAUGUAUUUUGUACAGAGUUUUGAAAGAAAUGUAUGUCUUGUAUUUGAUAUUUAUUUACAAAAUUCUGUGGAGGAAUACGUGCACAAAUCUAUUUUAACCUCUGAGUUUCUUUCAUCAUUGUUGUAAAAGGACAUGUGGAGAGCAUUGGCUGUUCUGGUCACUGAUUCUGGGAAGAGUUAGAGAACCACAGAGUGGUUUUGGCUGGAAGGGACCUUAAAUCCAGUCCCAACCCCUACCGUGGGCAGGGGCACCUUCCACUAGACCGGGUUACUCCAAGCCCCGUCCAACCUGGCAUUAUUUCACCCCCUUAACUCUAAACACAGAUGUUGGUUUAGCAAUGAGAAGUGCUAUGCUUUGUCCAGGGGCUGUUAAGAGCUGCCUGUGCUCCCCAGCCCCUCUUUGGUUCGGGGCAGGCAUUUAUGGAUGGUCAUAAACUGCAUUUCUACAUUUGGCACUGUGGGCACAGGCUGCAGAGCUGGCAUUGGGAAUGCUGUGAGGCUUUCUGUGCUAAUGACAGGGCUCAAAGCUGCUUUAUGUCCUCAAUAUGUGUUUAUAUUAGUGAAUUUUCCCUUUUUAUGCCCUCAGUCAGCCCAUCUGAUCUGGUCUGACAGCCCAGGUCUGUUGUCCUGGAACAGCAUCUUCAGUAUGAAACGUCACAUAUGAGCUUCCCUGCUUAGAGGAAAAGACCUGUAUUGAGGAUGUAUUAAAAAGUGCCUGAAUUUUAUUUUUUACUUGAUACAAUACUAAUCUUGUGUAUUGGGUCAUGGUUCUCUGAUAAUCUGUCAUUUAAAAUUUUUACCAGAUCUUGCAGGUUUUCCACCAGGAGAGAGUGACUGUGUCAUCUGUCAGGUUUUUCUAGUUCUACCUUGGUGAUCAAGGUCUGAGGCAGAUUUCUGCAGAAGAGUUUAAUCACUACUUGGGAGAUACUCAAAUACAACAUUUUAUAUCAUG